CAACCCAAUUGCAAAUUCACAUAAUUCCCCAUAUGGAGUGAAGCACACACCCAAAUUACUCGACUAUAUUUUGUGUCACAAAUUUAACCGUUUCUUUGCAUAAAAAAUGGCUGCUUCCUCACCUCCGCCGUCAACUUUGACAUAUCAAACCUGCCUCGGCCAUGGUGCAUUUGGCAUAGUUUUGAAAGCCGUCGACCAAUCACUUAUUGCUUCCGCGGUGAAGUUCAUAUUUCCAUCCAGCGAGGACCAAGAGUCGAAGGAGCUGACUCAAAUUUCUCGUGAAUGUAAACUUUCCUCAGAACUGAAACCCCACCCAAACAUUGUGCAGGUUUGGGACGUCACGGAACGUAAAUUCUCGCUUUCCGAAAUCCAAGUUAUAUUAAGCGAUUCGGUUUUAAAAAACGAAGAACAAAGAAAAUUAAAAAGCUACUACGUCGAUAAAGCAAAGCGGAAAAAUAAUAUAUUCGGAGUUCGAAUUCAAAUGGAAUUAUGUGGGGAAAAUUUAAGGACAUGGCUAAACCUUCCACAUGCUGUUAAUGGUCCUACUCACAGAAAAUAUCAAGAUGCCAUAAUACAAAAUCUCACUUCCGGAUUGGAACAUUUGCACGACAACAAAAUUAUCCAUCGUGACUUAAAGCCGGAGAAUGUAAUGUUCUGCAAUGCGGGAUUCGAACUUCCCGUAAAAAUCGGUGAUUUUGGUCUUUCCCGAAACAUCCUUACCGCAGAGCGUACUGCUUUAACAAGUCAGGUCGGAACGAGAGACUACAUGGCGCCAGAGGCCUUCACGAAGAAAUACGACUUUCGGGCUGAUUUAUAUUCCUUGGGGCUCAUCAUCUGGGAGGUCACUGAGCUGAUUCCGUUUGUUAAAAGGAGACGCUUAUUCGACCGCCUUGUCAACGGCAAUGAAGAAAAUUUGAUUCAAUCUAAUGCAGACAUUGCGCAACUAAUUUCUCGUUUAACGAAACGACGGGUAGAAGACAGGCUGAAAAAUAUGGACGAAGUAACCAACCUCAUGAAGAAGUGGAAGGCACCGGAGAUUGGAUUUUAUCAAUGUGAAUUAAGCACAAUUUCAAGAGUUAGUCCUGAAGGAAGUCAAGUUUUAGUUGCCAAAAUUAGCUCGGAGCUACACACCUGUUUAUUACAAGCAACAAGUGGAAUGACAAUCAAGCUGUUGGAUAACGAAUACGUGGGAAAAUUUGUUCUUGAUAAAGAUAAUAUUACGCUAAUUGGAGAAGGAGUAGCCGUAUUUUUUAAGCGCGGUUUGGAAUCGGGAACUUGUCUUUUUGUGUCGGGAAACCACAAUAAAAUUUCCAACAUAAAGUUCUCCACAGCAAGUAGCGUACGAGUGUACCAUUUAGACCUUACUGGAGAUCAAAACUGUGUGAAAGGUGUAGAAUUUACGGGUGGAUACUGUGGCAUUGGAAUUUGUGGGAGGAAAAACAUAUUACAAAACAUAUAUUGUGCGAAGUGUGAUUAUCCAAUUAGUGUCGUAGGAUCCUACAAUAUUAUUGACGGAGCGGAGUUGUACUCCAUUGCGGGGAUUAGUAUGUACGUUGCUAACAAUUCGGAGGCAAACAUGAUUCAGAAUAUUACUGGGAUAAAUAUGACACGUGGAAUUGAUUGCUGUGGGAAGAAUAACAACUUUCAUAAAAUUCAUUUCACGAGCAAAGACAAUUACAAACACGAAGUAGGCGUAUUGCUUAGAACUGAUGGGAAUUCUAACCACAUAAAAAAUCUAACUUGCAUUAAUUAUUCCGGACAAUAUUUCGACCUAGAAAUUCAAUCGGACCGAUCCACCGUCAUGGGUUGCACGUGCAGAAAAAUCUGUGUGUGGGGCGUAGAUGUUACAGUUACUAAUGUGGAUUGUGAUGAACUGGUCGUAGGAAAAGAAGCUGCUAACGCCACCUUGCGGAAUUGUCAGGCUAAACUGCUAUCAUUAUGGACAUCCGUGGUACAGAUUGAGUGUCGAUUUAAGAAAACAGUAACGAAAUGAUUGAUUCUUACGUUUAACAUACUUACAAUCAUCUUCACAAUAAUUAUCCAUGUCAACUUGUGAAUUACUAUGGUGUAUAAAAGAAUAAUAGACCCUCGGACGAAGUUUUGAGUUUUCUUCCCAUACGCGAAAUGUAAACUCCUAAUCCCUCGCUGUGUUAAAUUAUGGCUUAGUGAAAAAUUGUAAACUCAAAAUUUUGGUUCGUCGCGCCAAUCUCAGGGGGUUGCUCAACACCCAGCAAAGUACAUAUUUUCUGAAUCUACUUUUUGGUAUCUAUCGAACGGCGUAACAAGAUUUUUAUAAUUUUCAUUGAUAACAAUUUUGUAGCCACUUCUUAAAAAAUUUGGCCAGGUUUCUGUUAUUCUUUAAUCAACCACAGCUACUAACAAAUUAUUUUAUGGAAUGAAAUCGUUAAUUUACAAAAUAAAGUAUGCCGGGGAAAACAAAGUCAAUGUAGGUUUGAAAACGAAAAAAAAAUCUGGGUAAUUUUAUUAAUAGUAAGAUUUUACAUUUUGUUCACCGUGAUGGUCCUAAACUUUGAUACUCUUAUUGUCAGGUUUAUUGUCAAUUGAGUGGAAACAUGGCUGAACAUAUGUACUCAAGUAGUAUGAUACUUCCCGAUAUUUUAAGGUUAUGAUUCUUAAUGUGUAACUCCUUUGUAGUCCGUUUUUCGAUAUACAUACAUUUGUAAUUUAGUAAUUUUUAAUAAUGCGAACUAUGUGGUACACUACAUUGCUAAUGCUAAUAAACUUAAUUUUAACAUGAAAUAUGUAUGUACCUUGACCCCAGCGUACUGACAAGAUGACUGUACCAUUAAACAAAAAAAUUAAAAACAUAUAUUUAGACAAUGAAGCUAUAAAUGAACAGCUGGGCGAGCGAAAGUGUUGGAACCGAAUUUUUUGGGACAGGUCUACAAUCUCAUUGUGAAUGAAAAUUAAUUAAAAAGGAAUGAAUGCAUAAGAUCGAGCAAAGAUAAACUAGAAUAAAUUUUAACAUGGACAGAAAUGUCACUGAUUGUAUGCACUAUUUAUAUAUGUACAUACAUAUGUCUAAUAUACACAUUUUAGGUUUAACAUAAUUAUCAACAUGUUUUUUGCCUUCUUGAUUAAAUAAAUAGAUAAAUACAUCAAUACAUAUUUCCAGUUUUUUUAGUUCGAAUAUGUUCAUAAUGUAUUGUAAAUGUGUACAUAAAUACAUACAUCAAUGGAUAUAUGUAUCCAUUGAUGGUUGAGGAUUUAUGCCAAAAUCGGCUCCCAAAUUUCAAAAAAUUGCUAAUAGAAAAGUUAAGCUAAUAGAAAAGAAAAGACACAAGAUUGCUGCCGAAAAAAUUUUUCGUACAAAAAAUGAUACAAUUAGAUAUCCAUAGAACCUACUUUGCUGGAGAUGAAUCCUUCCUACAAGGUUUGAUUGAUUCGGCGGACAAUUUGAAAGGUUUGAAAAUCA